UCUUCAGUGCUGUCACAUGAAAAGAUAUAAUCAAAUAUUUACAAAAAUGUGAGGGGUGUACUCACUUUUGUGAGAUACUGUACAUACAGUAUAGACACACAAACACUGGGGAAUUCCUGCCCACUUCUAAGAGAAAACCAUUAUAGUUGACAAAGAUUGAAGUCCUCUCUCUCUCUCUCUCUCUCUCUCUCUCUCUCUCUGUCUUUCCCUCACUUUCUGAUUACUUUCUGAUUCAGCGAUCUCUCUGUCUCUCUCUCUCUCUCUCACUCUCACUCUCUCUCUCUCUCUAACCCCUCCUAUCCACAGCUGUCUUAUUCUCAGUGUUAAUGCCUCUCACAGGUGAGUUCCUCUCUCUCUCUCUCUCUCUCUCUCUCUCUCUCUCUCACACACACACACAAGAUAGACUGAGAGAGAGAGAGUGGUGAGGAAACACCUCCUUCUGCUCUUAGUUGUCUAAAUGUCUCUCAGACGUAAUGGAACUCGGUGCUGAAACUCUGUUCUAUCACAGGGUUCUCCUGACUGGAUAUUUUUUAUGCUACACAUUAAGAAUCGUAACCUCUGAUAUGGAGUUCUUCACUAAGGAAUGCACAUUUUCUCCUCUACAUGGACAUUUUGUAUCUGUAUUGUUCUUCUGAAUGUUCCUGAAAUCUGUGGAUGCCACUGAAUUUUUCUGAAGAUAUGGUACCUUGUCUCAUGUAGAGUUUCUCCUGGAUGUUCGAAAUUUCUGAAGAUUUCCCAAGAUCCUCGAUGAUUCUGAAAUCUAUAGGUUCUCUUGGAUAAUUAAUUAGUGUGAAAGUUCUCUUGGAUUAUGACACAAGAACCACAAUGCUCAUAAAUUUUUAGGAAAUCUGAACAUGAUAUGUUCCUGGAUGUUCCUCAAAUGUGAAGGCAUAUAUGCUUCAGAAAUAAUAAUGAUCAUUUAGAUCAUUUAAGAUAUAAAGCCUCAGCUGGAUGUAUUUAGCACUCUGGUAAUUAAUCCAGAAUAUUGAUUAAAUCUCAAGAGAACGCUGGACGUAAAUGAAAUCUGAAAACUCAACCGUAAAAAAGUCCUCCAGAUGUUUCUGAAGUGUGGAAGAUCUUGUCUUGGAGAAGCUCCACUGUAGUGCAGUGGGCUGUUAUGAGGAGACUCAAAGAGGAGUUUAAGACUUGACCUGACUGAUUGCGUAUGAACGCAGCUCUGAUGCUGCUGAAGUUUGUCAUCCUUCUCUGCUGUUUCAUCAGCAGCUGGUCAGCGCCAUGGAGACCAUGCACAGAUCUGUUACCACUGGACCUGCUGCAUCGUGUCCUUCCUGUUGUAGGCAGUCACCAGACUCGGGUCCGGAUGGUUCAGUCUCAGGGUUCAAGAGGACUGAAGCUCUCUGGACCUCCACAGUCUCUGAGUUUCCCAUCAUCACAGAUCUUCACCAACUGCAACUUCUUCCCUGCUGAGUUCUCCAUCGUGGUCACACUGAAGAUCCCCAAACUAAAUCCUAAUAAAGAUGAGUACAUAUUCACUCUUUUGGAUGGAGAUUCGGAUGAGCUGCUUGUUGGUCUUCGUCUCGCUCAUGAUAAAGUGCACUUCCUGAGGCGGAUAGAUGAGAGGACGGAGCGUGUGACCUUCAGACAGGUGAACAUGGCGGAUGGACACUGGCAUACAAUGGUGCUUGCACUCAGUGGCCACUAUGCUGUACUCACUCUGGACUGUGGCAUCCCAGUCGAGCUGCAGCUGGAGAAGCCAUUUCCUGAGCAGUUGUACACAGGUGGCUCCACAUUCUUCAUUGGGAGCAGGAGGAGAUGGAGUGGCCUGUUCUCUGGUUUGAUUAGACAGCUCGUCCUCAUGCCUGGAUCAGAUGCGUCCUCUCAUCUGUGUCCCUCGUCUGAUCCCACAAUGUCUAUUCUGUCAGUCCCUCAGAUUCUCUUACACCUGCCAGGCAAACCUCCAACCAAUCAGCUUCCACUUUACCCCUAUGAGGCGGAGUUGCGUGUUACUCAGCGUGUUCCUCCGGUGUGUGUCAGUGCUGUAGUGGGCCAGGUGUGGUUCAGCAUUGAGAAGAGAUCGCUGUUCCUGUGUAAUGGCACUACAUGGAUCACCAUGCUACAUGAGAAAGAGAAGUUGGAUUAUGUUGAAGAUCAUCAGGAUCUCUUCACAGACUCGGAGACAUUUGAUAUUGAGGUUUUUCAUCUCCCGUCUCUUGGUGUGUUCAUCGCUACGGCGAAUCGUGACUCCAGCCAAGGUUCGGUCAUUUAUAGGUGGACCAAUGGCAGAUUCGAGCGAUUUCAGAACAUCAACACAUAUGAUGCACAAGCAUGGAAAUUCUUCACUGUAGGAAAAAAGAGGUUCUUGGUCGUAGCAAACUCCAGAAGAAUUGAUGGUAAAAAAUUUGAGCUCUCAGUGAUUUAUAAAUGGAGAAUGAAGAAGCAGCGCUUUGUCGAGUAUCAGAAGAUUCAAACGCACAGUGCUCGUGACUGGGAGGCCUUCUGUAUCCAAGACGACAACUUCCUCGCUGUGGCGAAUCACAGAGAAGGUGAGAUGAACCACAACAUAGACAGCGUGAUCUACAGGUGGAACCGACAGACCAGGAAGUUCGAGAUUAAUCAGACCAUCUCAACAUCUGGAGCCUAUGACUGGGAGUUCUUUACCAUCGGACCGUACCACUUCCUGGUGGUAGCCAACACGUUUAAUGGCAAAUCCACUGACAUUAGCUCCACCAUCUACAUCUGGAUAGGGGGAAAGUUCCAGCCAUUCCAGUACAUCACGACAUUUGGAGCAAUUGAUUGGGAGAUGUUUCAGAUUGAUAACAGGUUCUUUCUGGCUGUAGCGAACUCUCAGAAACUCAGUGACUCCAGCACAGUUCUCUACAACAUCAACUCCACCAUCUAUGAACUUAACAUGACCUCACAGAGUUUCAUUAAGUUCCAGGAUAUAGCAACAAGCAGUGCUUUAGAUUGGGAAUUCUUCACUGUGGGUGACGAUAAGUUCCUCGUGGUGGCAAACUCAUAUGAUGGAGCUUCAUACUCAUUAAACAGUGUUAUAUAUAGGUGGCAGGGUUAUGAAGGAUUUGUGCCUGUGCACAGACUGAACACACACGGAUGCAGAGAUUGGGAAUUCUUCACUUCCUCUGAUGGAUCUUACCUCAUUUCCUCCAGCGCCAGAGCUCCGUACUCCAAAGUGCUCAAACUGAAAACCUACUUCCAGCGUUGAGUCCUCAAAUCCACAACAUCAGGACAAACAAAUCAUUCACAGCACAGCAUAUAUACAGCAUUAUAUCAUGUCCUGCUUCCAACACUGACCUGUGUG